UAAUAAUGUUGUCUUCUUUUCUUAACCUUUAAAUGGCAGAAACGCCUCUUGCACUCAAUGACUACCGUCGAUAUGGACGACAGAUGAUUCUCGAUGGUUUUGGUCUUCCAGGCCAAUUGAAGCUCUGUAAUGCAUCAGUAGUUGUUGUAGGAGCUGGAGGCCUUGGCUGUCCCGCUCUGCAGUAUCUUGGCUCAUCAGGAAUAGGAAGGAUCGGCAUCAUCGACCACGAUCGCGUAGAGCUGUCAAAUCUCCAACGUCAAAUUCUACACAAUGAAGAGACAGUGGGCAUGCCGAAAGCCCAAUCUGCUGCUAUUGCUCUCAAGCGAAUAAACUCAAAUAUAAAAAUCGACUCUUUCACUGAAGCUCUCACCCCGGAAAAUGCCCUAUCUCUCCUUGAACCCUUCGAUGUCAUUCUUGAUUGCACCGACAAUGCGCCGACUCGUUAUCUCCUUUCAGAUACGGCAGUCACUUUGCAUAAGCCCUUAGUGAGCGGAGCUGCACAAAAAUUCGAAGGCCAGCUCUGCGUGUAUAAUUUAGGCGAAAACGGUCCAUGUUAUCGCUGCUUGUUUCCCAAACCGCCAGCACCGGAGAAUGCAGGAUCUUGUGAAGAGACAGGCAUCCUGGGUGCAGUGACAGGUAUCAUAGGUAACUUGCAAGCUCUAGAAACCAUCAAGAUUCUUACAGGUUUACAUGACUACAAGCCCACGUUGUUGCUAUUCUCCGCACUCAGCGUUCCUCAGUUCCGAAGUAUCAAAUUACGUUCUCGUAAACCCACUUGCCCAGCUUGUGGUCAACAAGGAAAGAUAAUCGGCUCGAUCAGCGACAUUGACUACGUUCAAUUUUGUGGCGGAGCAACACCUGAUUGGGAGACCUUGGGUCUAGUCGAAACGCAUCCGGGGCAUAGGAUCCGAGUGAAGGAUCUCAAAAACUCCAUCGACAGUGAUAGUAUCUUACAUCUCAUCGACGUCAGACCAAAAACUGAGUUUGAGAUUUGCCAUCUUCCUCAGUUCACUCACGUCCCACUUAAUGAUAUAGUUGCAAAUCCCUCGUCCUUUCUUCCAACGCACCCUGAUACACCUAUAUACAUUAUCUGCCGCCUGGGAAACGACUCACAAAUUGCUGCAGAGGCUUUGCGGGGAUUGGAAAACAAUGCUCACAAAGAUCGGAUAGUAAAAGACGUUGUUGGAGGCUUGAGAGCUUGGUCGAAGGAGGUCGACCCUCACUUCCCUAUAUACUAGACGGCUGCCUAUUGAAAAAAUUCAAUCGGCAGAGUGGAUUCGUUAUAAAUGUUCAAAAACUACGAUCCAGGAUGAAUAUGUCCAUACUUAGAUAUAUACACCUACUU